AUGUUUGAAAUGGUUUCGCACUUCAAUGUUCCGUCGAACACCAGACCUUAUUCUAAUUUCAUUAGUCUUACCGUUUUUGCGUCGGACCCUGCUCCGUCCAAAUCCCCUCGACCCCGGCCACUCCCAUUGUCCCUUCGGAUUGCCAGCCACUGGUGGGAGAAUCAUACCAGCAAGACAAUCCGGUUCAGCUUAAUUCGCCCCACGACACGAUGUCCUGUAAAAUUGUCUCUCCGACUGUUUGUAUGCACGUUAUCCAAGCUGGCAAUCGGGCCUUCGCGUUUUUCCCUAAUCCAACUCUUUCCCCCUCCACUUCGCUCAUCACAAGCAUGCGCACACACGCACAUACAGGCACAGCUACAGACAUUUCCGCUCCAACUCGCAUUGUUGUUGGCGUCCCGAUUUGCCAUUAAAUUCCUCCAAUCCUCUCUCAGCCGUCCUACCUCUGCCUCGGCUGCUGCUACUGCUGCUACUGCCGCCACUGCUGCGGUUGCUUUUGUUGGUGUGCUUGUUAAAGGGGCCUAA